AGUAUGAUUUGUAGGUGGGGGCAUCUCUGUAGCACCACAAUGCUUUAUUUACAAUGGUAUCUUGUGACACAUUUUACCUAAAAAUUGCAGCUCCUACGAUUUGGAUAUUGCACUUAGACAUAUUGCAAUUUCCAUAAUAUUUCAAAUAAUUUUGCAGCCCUGGUUGAAAGUGAACAUUGCAUUUUUGGAGCAGGUUCUCAGUUCUGGUAAAGUGCAGAAAUAAUAAAAGAGUAUAGGACUGUGCAUUUAGAAAAGUACAAAUAUGAACACUAUAGACACUAUAAACACUAUAAAUAUGAACAAAAUAGGUCAAUAGCAAAUGUGUCUUUGAAGAGAAAAUAACACAUACCAAGUUGCCUUUGAAAUCACAAACUGAGCAUGACGGCAAACACAGAGAAGCAGUCUUAAAGUCUGGGAUGGGUCAACUGCUUGAUGUCUCGUGUGUUUUCAAUUAGCCACACACAGAUGUUCACAGCUGUACACUGUAGACUCGAUGCCACUCUUAAAAUGAAUCUUGAGGCCUCACGUUCGUUCUCAUCGUCCAUGACAACAUCCAGCAAAUCUUCAGCUAUGUGCCAGUGUUUUGCUGUGCUGGAGGAUGGAGUGUUAGCACACAACCUGCAGGAACAGGAGAUCGAGCAAUUCUAUACCACCAACAUCCAGAAGAACCAGCUGGUGCAGAAUGACAUCCGUGUAGCCAAAAGACUGCAGGAUGAGGAGGAAGAGGAGCAUGCCCAGCAGAGCACCCUCUUCAGACAGGCUUCCAGACAACUAGAGGAGGAAGACUUUGAGUAUGCCCGCGUAAUUCAGGAGGAGAUCCAGCGCUGUGCUGAGGAGGCCCAAAGGAGGGAGCAGGAAGAUGAGGAAAUAGCCAAACGAAUGCAGGAAGAGGAGAUGCAAAGAAUCACAAGGAGAAGCAGAGGGCAGGACGGCCACAGUGAAGGCAGCGCCAGCGACCCUGCACUGCCACCCCCUCACCAGCACACAUGCAGCAACCGUCACCAAGCGGAGAAGCAGUACUCGUCUACCUCCACCAGGUGGCAAUGUUCUACUUCUGACAACCACUCAGACUUAACUGGGCCUCGGGCUGACUCUCCCAGGGGGGCAGCGGCUCAGAAAAACACAACUUCAUGGUCAAAUCAAGGACACAGAGAUUCCAUAAGGGAAAUCAGGAGCGAAUUUAGAGAGCGUUUGAGCGAGGAUUCAGAGGACUCGGACACAGUUUUCUCUGAACAGCUCUCUGUCUGGUCCCAGAGACUGAAUGAAAGACAUAACACGGCACCUCCACGGCGGCAGGUGUCUUUACAUCCGCCGCAAGAGAGAAACUACAGAAGUCUUUGCUCUCGCAGCAGCUUCACAGAUGAGCACAGCGGCUUGGAGGAGGAGAGAGAAGAGUGGAAUGAGAACUAUUAUGAAAAUGGUGACCGAGAGAAGAGGAGGCCUAGAAUUUGGGAUCAGGAAAGGAACCAUAGAGAGGAGUAUGAGCACAGGAGCAGAAAUCAGGAAAAAGACUUAAGGUUAGCUGAGGUAAGAGAAAGGCGAGUUAGUCGCAGUGAAUCCGUCAGGUUACAUGACAGGAGUAGACAAGGCAAAAGAGACCUAGCGAGGACCUGGAGCUAUAAGGACGGUCCUGAUAAACAUGUCCGUUUUCAGGAGAACAGCAGGAGCUCUAACAGGCAGCAGGGUGACCCCAGCGGUGUGUGGGAGAUGCUGGGCCAGAUCCUCAGAGAGAGGGGCGUGCCUGUGAGGUUUGGCAGCAACGGGGCGCCACUACAAAUCAGGCCUCAAAGUAGAGACAGCCAGGUGCUUCAUGGGAGUGAGGUCUCCUGCAGCGACUCCCAACCACAUCAGAGAGUCUUCCAGAGAGCCGCCACCACCAGGCACAGUUUCCAUGGAGAUAUCAGGGAGAGGAGGAGAUCGUCAUACCAAGAGAACAGUGGGAGAGAUCACAGAGAGGACCGGCACCGUAGUAACACUGAGCAUGAUGGAAACGGUUACGAGAUUAGUAGUAGAGACUCGUAUCUGGCUAACAGAGAGAUGGGAGGCAGUGGAAGGUGGAAGGAGCACAGAUAUGACGAGAGGGAGAGAAUUGCAAAUAACUGCAGGGUCAAGAGGACAACUAGUGAACACAGGCGCUGGCACGGUACCAUAGAAGAAAGGUUAAGCUCAGAGGAGGAGCAGGAGGUGGAGAGGCGAGUAGAGCGACCCCGUCGAAGAGCUCCACAGCGUAGCCAAAGCUUCUGCAGCAGCGGGGCUUCGACAAGGGUUGGGUCACGGCACAUGGCAGCAGGAGCGUCAUUGCAACAGACACCAGACGAGGCAAGCCUGGACCUGGGGGAUCUGCAGCAGGUCCUGGAGGAUGAAGAACUGGCUCACAAGCUGCAGGAGGAAGAGGAAAAGCUGUUGAGGAGGAACUCCCACCCCUCUCCCUGUACUUCUUACCCGGCGGGAGACUUCAGAGUAGCACAAGUGGCACAGGAUGAGGAAAUUGCACGCUUUAUGCAGAAGCAGGAAAUGAAGGCAAAGCGAAGAUCUCGUGAGUUAGAAGGGCCGGCGUCGUGGCGCGAGCACAGAGCGAUGAUCAAUCAUCACGACAGAAGAGCUGCAAGAGACAGACCGGUCCAACGAGAGAGGCUUGACUCAGAGGGCCUUCCGUCCCCCACUGAGGACUGCUCCCCAGAGAAUCAGCCACCCAGUCCCCUCUCCACUAUACCACAAGCCCAGCAUAUCCGAAACAUUGCAGAGGAGCUCGACCCGACUUUCCAGGCCAGGAGGCAAAGCACAGAGAGCCUCAGACUGGGACAAACAGGUCCAACUUGUCAGUCACUGCCCAUGCCGCAGUCUGGCUUACAUGACCUCCUUGAGGAGCCUACUUUCAUCCCACCUACAAAACGGCAGGUGGACAAAUCAGCUCGCACUAAACCCAAAGAGAAGAAAGAAAAUUGCAAGCAGCAAUAAUUUUCAACAGAUUGUGCUGCUGGAGUGCAUAUUUUACUUUAUAUUUUAUAACACUAAAUAUCAGCUCAGCUACAGAGUUCUGAUUACUUUAAGGUUGAAGCCAGCCACCCCGACUAGCACUUUAGACCAGUUGAACAAAAAGAAAGAAUUGAGAGAAGUGACAUUUUACAAUAUUUCUUGAUUAAGUGAAUAAUGACAACACUUUGGGCUCAGGCCUUUAUAAUUUCCAAAGGGAAAAUUUUGGGUUAUUGAAGUAUUAUUUGAAUCCUUCAGUGUUAUGAGUGUUUAAUUUAAAACAACAUAGUUUUUUUAUUUUAUCUGUAACUUCUAUUUGUUUUAUAGUGAAUAUCCAUCCAUUAUCUACAACUGCCUCUUGUUUUGUUAUUUGCUCUUUAGUGGCAAUGGCAUGGUGCAGUUUUGGGUUUUCUCCCUCAGUUGGCAGCUGUUAAUGUGGCCAAUCAGAGAGAAAAUCCAAACCAGCUGGUGCUUUCCAACCCAGAAUCCUCUUACUGUGAGGUGACAGUGCUAAACACUGUACCACAAAAAAACAAUGAAAUUCCCAAAUGAUGAAACCAGAAGUUACUGUGAUAACACUGGAGUGACAUUGUUUUCGGACAAGCAGCUAAAGAUCCGCUUUCGGAGUGUCCGCCAACUUUCUUUUCCAAGCAGGUCAGCAGGACUCCAACCAUGUUUACAAUGGUACAGUGACGAUCAGAUGAACUUAUUUAACCCUUGUAAGUGGAAAUCCCAUUUUUAAAACAUAUUAUAACUAUCAUCAAGUCAUAUGAAAUCAUUUUGGUUUGUCUGGAUGUAACUUUAUCUUUUGGGGACAGUAUAUGGGAUAAAGUUAUAGCUUAAAGAUCCACUUACUAGCUUUUUGGAGGUUUCAACUGUUUCUUAUGGUCAUUCACAACAGAAACGAAAGAUCAUAUUUGAACUCAGAUAGCGGUUGGAUAUCCCCUCAUCACAUCACGACUAAAUUUACACGCAGGUCAUGUGAGGUAAUCUGAGCCGGCUCCAUUCACUGAGUGCAGACUGAGAGAUGCAGUUGAAAAGCUUGUAAGUGGACCUUUGGUACAUAUCCAACUCAUGUUUUGUAUAUUUUGCCAGGUGGAUUAUAAUCAGUCCAGAGACAGUUAUGAUGCCAGUUAACAUCAUUAUACAGAAUUCUCACUUUGACAAAACGUUUGAUUUUUAUGCACAUAUAUCCAGUCAUUGAUCUCCGUUUUUGUUUUCUUUGUAUGUUCAUAUUACUCUCGCGUUUAAAACACUCAUUUUGUUUUGUUUUUUUGUUUUAUACAAAUGAAACAUGCCACUGCUUUAGUGGACCACUAUGAAUGCAAUUGUUGUGUAUGAAAGUGCAACAAAUAAAAUUAAAAAAAGCCAA